GCAGGGCCGGGGCGGAGGGAGGCAGGGAGGGGAGGGGAGCCGCCGGCAGCGGAGGCGGAGGGACGGGGCGCAACCGCCCCAGCGGCCCCACAGCCACCCUGCGCCUCCCGGCCGGCGGCAGCUCCCCGCGCCCCCGCUGCCGUCCCGGCGCCCCGAGCCGGCCGCGCCGCCUUCUCCCCUCCGGCAUGUUUUAAGCCCGGCCCUACCCGCUCCCCUCCGGGCUUCCCCUCCCGCCGCCGUCGGGUCCCGUCCCGUUCCCCCCGCCCCCCCCAGCCGCCACCGCCUUCGGUCCUUGCGCGUCCCCCCCUGGAAGGGCCGGCGGCUGGGGGGGAGCGGGGGCGGUGGGCGCCCGGGGGGGGCGAGGGCAGAAAAGCCCCGCUCGACACCAUGGCGUCCAGCUAUGCCCACGCCAUGGAGAGGCAGGCCCUGCUGCCAGCCCGCCUCGACGGCCCCGCCGGCCUGGACAAUUUACAAGCCAAAAAGAACUUCUCCGUGAGUCACCUGCUGGACCUGGAGGAGGCGGGCGACAUGGUGGCCGCCCAGGCGGACGAGGGCGGCGGAGAGCCCGGCCGGAGCUUGUUGGAGUCCCCCGGGUUGACCAGCGGCAGCGAUACCCCGCAGCAGGACAACGAUCAGCUGAAUUCAGAAGAGAAGAAGAAAAGAAAGCAGAGAAGGAACAGGACUACCUUCAACAGCAGCCAGCUCCAGGCAUUAGAGAGGGUCUUUGAGAGGACACACUACCCCGAUGCCUUUGUACGGGAAGACCUUGCACGCAGAGUCAACCUCACUGAAGCCAGGGUUCAGGUGUGGUUCCAGAACCGGAGAGCCAAGUUUCGUCGGAACGAGAGGGCCAUGCUGGCCAGCAAGAACGCCUCUCUGCUCAAAUCCUACUCAGGGGAUGUGACCGCCGUGGAGCAGCCCAUAGUACCUCGCCCAGCUCCGAGACCCACCGACUAUCUCUCCUGGGGUACCGCCUCGCCAUACAGCGCCAUGGCCACCUACUCCGCCACGUGUACCAACGCCAGCCCGGCACAGGGCAUGAAUAUGGCCAACAGUAUUGCCAACCUGAGACUGAAGGCAAAGGAAUAUAGUUUACAGAGGAAUCAAGUGCCCACAGUCAAUUAACGACUGGAGGCAGCUGUCUUGCAGAAGGAGAAAAUACAACAGCACCCGUCCUGCUUCGCAACUUGUUUGUGCUGAAAAAAAAAAAAAAACACCAAACAAAAAAAAAGCCACAAAAAAAGGAGAAAAAAAAAGAAGAAAAAAAGCCAACCCUAACCCAGAACUGAACAUGGGGACCAAACUGGGAGCAAACUGAACCGCUCAUGAGUGACAAGGUUCCUCCUUCCUUUUGGGAUAAUGCCACCAUUGUUUUUUUUUCUUGUUAUUGUCAGGUUUAUUGCUUCUGCUCAAUAUACUACGAGCUUCUUCAGUAAAGGACGGUCUCACCCUUGUUGGUUUCCAUUUUCGUGUGGGACUGCAAAAAGAAAGCUGCCGAUCUCAGCCCGUGGAGAUGUCCCAUCUGCCAUCACACUGAGAUGCGAAGCUUGCUCCUCCCCCCUGCCCCAGCUCACCCUAGAAGUUGUUUGGUCACCGCUUUCCGUUGUAUCUGCCUGACCCUUCACUCCUCCGGUCCCUUGUGCCACAGAGGCAGCGCCACUACAGUUAGCCUGCGAGAAGCCUGUUAGUGCAAGGAGAUGGGGUCAUCCUGCCCGGGUUGCUUGGACCAGUCUGAGACGUGAGGAAGAUCUCCUUGGGCUCCGCAGCGCUUCAUUGCUUUCUUGGGUAUUUCUGGCACUGCUGCCUCGAAAAGCCAAAGAAGAGAGAAAAGCCAGCGUGGGUGUGUGAGUGGGGGGGCAUAGUGGGGGGAUCGCUCUGUAGUGCCAAGAAUAGGACUGUUAGGACACUCCUUUCUAUGCCUUACAGUUUGUGCCACAGGGAAAGGCGUUGUCCAGAUGCAUUUGUUUUAUAUAUACUGUAUAUAUUUAUAUAUAUAAGAUAUACAUGCAAGCUUGGUUGGUGUUUUUUAUUAAACAAAAUAAAA